AUGGGAGGAUGCUUCUCCAAGCCCAAACCAGGAUUUCUGUUUGCUCCUGCAGUGGAAGUGAAAAUCGAAGUUGUGAUACCUGAGAAAGAGAGGAGCAAGGAGGAGAUGUCACCCAACGGGAAAGCCAGCCCCCUCAUCUAUAAAGUCAACGGGACGGCACGGCAUUACCACCUCGAGGAGCAUCCCAUUGCCAGCAAUCCCUACCACAUCCCGAAGGACGUGGUGGAAGCGUCCGUGUGCCACGUGAAGGACCUGGAGAAUGGACAGAUGCGGGAAGUGGACCUGGGCUGCGGGAAGGCUCUGCUCAUCAAGGAGGGCGGCGAGUUCCACGCCGUGGGACACAAGUGUCCCCACUACGGGGCCCCGCUGGUCAAAGGGGUUUUGUCCAAGGGGAGAGUCCGCUGUCCCUGGCAUGGAGCUUGCUUCAACAUCAGCACCGGCGACAUAGAAGACUUCCCGGGCUUGGACAGCUUGCCCCGGUUCCAGGUGAAGAUCGAGAAGGAGAAGGUGUACAUCCGAGCAAGCAAGCAGGCUCUUCAGACCCAGAGGAGGACAAAGAUGAUGGCAAAGUGCAUCUCCUUGAGCAACUACAACCUGAGCAGCACCAACGUGCUCAUCAUCGGUGCAGGGGCGGCUGGACUGGUCUGCGCAGAGACCCUGCGCCAGGAGGGUUUCUCGGACAGGAUUGUGGUGUGCACGAUGGACAGGCACCUGCCCUACGACCGGCCGAAGCUCAGUAAGUCGAUGGAUUCCCACCCGGAGCAGAUCGCCCUGCGCCCCAAGGAGUUCUUCCGCACCUACGACAUCGAAGUCCUGACCGAAAUGCCGGUGGCGGCUGUGGAUAUCAAGAACAAGACGGCCGUGUUCAAGGAUGGCUUUAAGAUGGAAUACAACAAGCUGCUGGUAGCGACUGGGAACACGCCCAAAGCUCUCAGCUGCAAAGGCAAGGAGGUGGAAAACGUUUUCAACAUCCGGACGCCUGAAGAUGCCAACCGUGUUGUGAAGCUGGCCACGAGCAAGAAUGUGGUUAUCGUGGGAGCAUCCUUCCUGGGGAUGGAGGUGGCCGCCUACCUCGCAGAGAGGGCCCACUCGGUGUCCCUGGUGGAGCUGGAGGAAGUCCCAUUCAAGAAAUCCUUUGGGGAGAGGGUUGGCCGCGCCGUCAUGAAGAUGUUCGAGAGCAACAGGGUGAAGUUCUACAUGCAGACAGAGGUGUCGGAGCUGCGGGAGCAGGAGGGCAAGCUGAAGGAGGUUGUGCUGAAGAGCGGGAAGGUCCUGCGCGCCGAUGUGUGCGUCGUUGGUGUCGGCGCAGUCCCAGCGACCGGCUUUCUCAAGCAGAGCGGCAUCAACAUCGACUCCAAAGGCUUCAUCGUGGUCAACAAGAUGAUGCAAACCAACAUCCCCGGAGUCUUCGCGGCCGGUGAUGCCGUCACCUUCCCGCUGGCCUUGAGGAAUAAUAAGAAGGUGAACGUCCCGCACUGGCAGAUGGCCCAUAUGCACGGGAGGAUAGCCGCACUGAACAUGCUGGCCCACGGCAUGGAGAUCAGCACGGUCCCGUAUCUGUGGACUGCUAUGUUUGGGAAGAGCAUCCGAUAUGCGGGCCACGGGGAAGGAUUCGAUGAUGUUGUCAUUCAGGGAGAUUUAGAUGAACUGAAGUUUGUGGCAUUUUAUACCAAGAGCGAUGAGGUGGUGGCCGUGGCCAGCAUGAACUACGACCCUAUCGUGUCCAAGGUGGCUGAGGUCCUGGCUGCCGGCAGGACCAUCCGAAAGCGCGAUGUGGAAACUGGAGAUAUGUCCUGGCUGACAGGGAAAGGCUCCUAACGCCGCUGGCGGCUGCACCCUCCUGGUGCUGCGCUCGCCGCGG